AUGGCCUUCAGAGGUUCUGAUCGCCAUCUGUCUGCAUCCCUGCUGAGCCCAAGGCUAAAGGCAGAAGAGAUGACACUGGACCUGGAGUUUGAGAUCUUGAGCGUGGGAUUUAAUGAGGAGGGCAGAUAUGCCCUGAGGCUGUCAGCUGAGAAUCCACUGCAGGCAGGCUCUGGGGCUGGAGUGCAGUUGCAAGUCAAUGAUGGGGACCCCAUCCCAGCCUGCUCUGCUGUCACUGAGGUCAUUGAGCAGCAGGAUCCUGAGCAGACCCUCACCAUCACCAGGAAUAAAUUUGUCUUUACUUUGCCCAAAGGAUUCUGCAAGAAUGAUGGGCAGAAUGACGCAUAUCUACGCGUAGAGGCAUUGAGGCUGGAUGGACCCUCAGGACAGGUGGCCCGGAGGGUGGGUGAGGCUAUCUUCCCAAUCUACCCACGACCAGAUGAGCCCCGAAUGAACCUCACAGCCCAGGAGCAUGAGGACCUGUACCGCUACUGUGGCAACCUGCCUCUUCUCCGAGCUAGCGAGGACUCCACAGCCCGCCACUGUGGAGGCCUGACCUACAGUGUCGCCUUCCAUGCUCACCGAGCCCCUAGGUCCUCUGUCUCAAGCUGCCUCGUGGAGCCCAGCCAGCCAGAACUACAGGUGGGUACACACCUGCUCAGGACACAGCUGUCUACAGCCAUAUAGUCCCCGACCUCAACCAAUAGUGACCAGGAAGGGCUUAGCUGGGAACCAGGACCCUGGCGGCAUCAGGCUCAGAUUCCUGGAGAACCAGUGGAGCCCCUGGAUACCUCCCCGGACCUAGACCCUGACACCAGCUACCUGGCUCCCUGUAAUAAGGAGACUGUUGUGGUCACUCUGCACGGAGCUACUGACCUUCCUGCCAGCAAGGAUGGCUCUGACCCAAGGCCCUAUGUGAUGGUAAAAACCACAUCAGAGGAAGCCACCGCUCACAGCCCCAAAGCAGUGACCUCUGUGGCCUCAGAACCCACCAGAACACCCAUCUGGGGGGACACAGUGAAAGUGGAGAUCCAGGCAGAGGAUGCAGGACAAGAAGAUGUCAUCCUCAAGGUGAUGGACAACAACAAGAAAGAGGAGCUGGUGUCCUAUACAAUCCCCAUUAAAUACCUACGUGUCUUCCACCCAUACCACUUUGAGUUUAAGAAGGUCUUGGUUCAGGGAGUCAAUGAGCCCCUGGUCAACAACCCCAGCCCUAUGGUGGUGAUUUCUCGGGUGGUUCCCAACUAUACUGAGUUUAAGGCCAACCAGACCAGAUGGGACCCUGCCUCUGUGGGGCUGCCCCUCACCCAGAUUUCCUUCCCUAUUUCAUCACCAAUGAACUUUGAUGUGCCUCGGGUCAGCCAGAACGGGUAUCCUCAGCUGUCCAGGCCCGGGGGACCCCCAGAGCAGCCCAUAUGGAACCAGUCCUUCCUCUUCCAAGGCCGAGAUGGAGCCACCAAUUUCUCAGAGGACACAGCACUGGUGCUAGAGUAUUACCCUUCUGCUUCAAUGAAAAGCAGUGAACCAUGGACCCUCAAACAGCCCCUGGGUGUCUCUGUGCUACCACUAACGCCUCGUCUGUACCACAAGAUGUUGACAGGAAAAGGCUUGAAAGGGCUGUGUGUGGAACGGCUCCCCAUCACUAGGCCAGAAAACUUCUUGACACUAAACAACAGCAAGGGUCUGCCCACCCUGAACCUGAAGAUCCUAGAUGAGAAUCUGGGUGCCAUCCAUGAGUCCUGGUCCAAGAGCUCCUCAGACUCCUCUCAGGAAGGAGAGGAGCCUCAGACUUUGCACGAGAUGGAGAUGAACAACUACCGGCGGGCCAUGCAGAAGAUGGCAGAGGACAUCCUGGCACUGAGGAAGCAAACCAACAUCCUGGAGGAGGAGAACCGCACGCUGAGGAGUCACCUGACCCAGCAGAACUUAGAAGAAGAACAGAGCAGAGCUGAAGAGGAAAACCUGGCAGUGUCCAUGAAGCAGAGGCUACUGCUGAGUGAACUGGACAUAAAGAGGCUGCGAGACAGGGUGCAACACCUGCAGAACGAGCUGAUUCGGAAAAAUGAUCGAGAGAAGGAGUUGCUGCUUCUGUACCAGGCCCAGCAGCCGCAGGCCGCACAACUGAAGCGGUACCAGGACAAGCUGCAGAAGAUGAAGGCUCUGGAGGACACCGUGAGGCACCAGGAGAAGGUGAUUGAGAAAAUGGAGCAGGUACUGGAAGAGAGGCUUCGUGAGAGGAAGGAGCCGGCACCGUCGAGCAGGCCGCAGGGGAAGCCCCAAGGUAGCUCUGGCAUUCACCUGGGCCCCACGGGAGAGAACGUGGCUGUCGAUCUUUACUCCAUACUGCUAGCCGAAAACACAAGGCUGCGGGCAGAGUUGGAAAAGAACCGCCAGCAGCCAGCCCCCAUCAUCCUGCAGCAGCAGGCCCUGCCGGUGGAUCCCAGGGAGUUGGGAGCAGGUGGAGACUUGGCAGAGAGGCUCCGAGACACAAAUGGCCCGGGCCACUCCACGUGCACAGAGACCCUGCCAGUACAGGUGGGUGCCCCGGGGGCUACUUCAAGACCCUUUGUACACAAACCCAGAGUCAAUGUUUGAAGGUAUGGUGGCAAGAGGGCACAGGAUCUCCUUGGUGGAACUUCAGACAAGUUUAACCUCCUGGCCAAGCUAGAACAAGCUCAGAGUCGGAUAUUGUCCCUGGAAAACCAGCUUGAGGACUCAGCUCGCCACUGGGCACGAGAGAAGCAAAACUUGUCCUUACGGCUUCAGGAGCAACAACAUGGUUUUGGACACCCGUCAAACUCCAUCAUCAUAGACCAGUCUAGUGCUGGAGUGGCCAAGGAUCCCCAACAGUUCUCCAAACUGGAACCCUCCCUGCCCAACUCAGACAUGAAGUUCAACAGACCCUCAAACUCCAAGAUUGAAACCUUUCACUCCCAGAAGACCUGAGCCUGGAGCUGGCCUCCUUCCCCAUGUGC